AUGAGCUCUCAGGUGUGUGUUCUCAACACCAACCAUGUCCAUCCCGUGCGAACCGACGGCCUGUCGCCGCCGUGCGACGGCGAGCAGAAGCUGUCCUUCUUGGACCUGCUGCAGAUCUCCAAGACAAUCCAGCGGCUGUUCUUCUUCGACGGCCCCGACCUCCCGCCGUUCCCGUCGCUCGUGAGCGCGCUACGGUCCUCCCUCGCCGCCACUCUCGCAGUCUUCCUCCCCCUCGCCGGCAAGCUUGCCUUCCGCCCCGCCUCCGGCGACGUCGUCCUCGACUUCUCCCCCGCCGCCGUCUCCUCGGGGGUCAGGUUCGUCGAGGCCGAGUUCUCCAGCGGCGCCGACGGCAUGCGCCGCCUGGCCAGAGACGCCGAGCACGACACGCGCGCGUUCGUGCAGCUCGUCCCGGAUCUCGAGGCGAGGCAGCUGCCCGCCCCGGUUCUCGCCGUGCAGGUCACAAGGCCCGCCGGCGGGGGCGGCGCCGUGGCGGUUGGGGUGUCGAUCCGGCACGCGGUGGCAGACGGCCAGGCGGUGUGGCGGUUCUUGAGUGCGUGGUCAACGGCGUCGCGGGAGGGCCCCGCCUCCCUCACGGCGCCUGGCUUCGUGCAGCCGACGUUUGACCAGGCCGGCAUUCGGCACCCCAAGGCUGCCGAGAUGGCCCGCACGGUACUGAGCUUGGUCGCGCCGGCGCUGCCCCUGCUCAGGUCUGCGUCAUCCAAACCGGAGAUCAUGCAGCAGAGCAGAAGAACCUUCCUGCUCCGCGCCGACGAGAUCCGGUCCCUGAAGCAGCACAUCCUUGAACAGAGCAGAGCAGUCAAGGGCGGCGAACCGUCCAAACCGCCGAGCACCUACGUGGCCAUCUCGUCCCUGGCGUGGACGUCCGUCCUGCGGGCCAAGCCCUCCAUCCACGACGCCGACGACGUCCAACUCAUGGUCAGCGCGGACUGCCGCAACCGCCUGCGCCCGCCGCUCGGGGACGCCUUCUUCGGGAACUGCGUCAAGCCGUGCUUCGCGCGGGCCAGCGCGGGCCACCUGCGGCGCGGCGGCGUCGCGUGCGCCGCCGCGCCCAUCCAGGACGCGAUCCGCAAGCACCUGGAGGAGCUCGGGGGCGACCCGCUGUCGGACGCUGAGAGCUGGACGGCGGCCUACCGUGCCGUCCCACAGGAGAGGUUCGUGGCCGUGGGGUCGUCGCACCGGUUCAUGGCGUACGAGACGGACUUUGGGUGGGGCGCGCCGACAUGCGUCGAGCUGGUGUCCCUGUUCGUGAGGCAGAUGGUGACGCUGCUUGGCGCGAAGGACGGCGGCGUACAGGUGUCGGUGGCGCUCGACGGGGCGGCCAUGGAGGCCUUCGCGGCUAGCUUCGUUGUUCUGGUUUCCCUUGUGUGUCCCGCGGCGGAAGGGGAUACAUAG